ACAUCUGAAGCUCAGCUCUUUGGCCAAACAGUCCUUGCUGAAAUGUCAAUACACUACUGGGACACUUGCAGGGGUCAUCAUGGUUUCCAGGCAGUCCACAACACUGUUUCUCCGCUUUCUGCUCCUGAUUCCUCUUUCUCUGGAUGCAGUCUUUUUAAAGCAGGAAGAGGCAACCAGUGUUUUGCAAAGGCAAAAAAGAGCCAAUAGCUUCUUUGAAGAGAUAAAACUGGGGUCGCUAGAGAGAGAAUGCAUAGAAGAAAAGUGUUCAUUUGAGGAAGCAAGAGAAAUUUACCAUGACGAUGAAAGAACAACAGAAUUCUGGCACAUCUAUUCUGACCCUAACCAGUGUGACUCCAAUCCCUGCCAGAACGGCGGGAGUUGUGAUGAUCAGUUUCAGGAUUAUGUUUGCCGUUGUCCCAAGGGAUAUGAGGGCAUAAACUGUGAAAAAGCUGAGACUGACCAACUGAAGUGCAUUUACAGCAAUGGUGGCUGUGAACAGUACUGUACUGACGAGCUGUCUGAAAAACGAGUGUGCUUCUGUGCGGAUGAUUAUGCUUUAGCCAGUGAUGGCACGUCCUGCAUUCCCAAAGUGAAAUACCCAUGUGGAAAAAUACCAGUGUUGGCAAAAAAAAAUGCAACAGCAGAAGGGAGAAUAGUAGGUGGUUUCAUCUGUCCUCCAGGUGAAUGUCCAUGGCAAGCCCUUAUAAUACAGAAUCAGAAAGAAAAGUGUGGAGGUACCCUGCUUUCGCCUGAGUGGGUGGUCACUGCAGCUCAUUGUUUGGAACAUACUCCUGUUACACAGCUUUGGGUGAGACUGGGUGAACAUGCAAUAAAUUAUGAUGAAAAAACUGAACAAGAAAGUGGAGUUGCCAGGAAAAUCAUUCAUGAAGGAUACGAGAAUGGACAAGUCAAUAAUGAUAUUGCCCUGCUGAGACUGGAAACACCUGUGAACCUCACCGAUUAUGUGGUACCAAUAUGCUUGCCUGAAAAACAGUUUGCAGUGUAUGAGCUGUCCUCCAUUAAGUUCUCCACAGUGAGCGGAUGGGGACGUCUACUAGAUGGAGGUGCUACUUCUGCUUUUCUGAUGAGAGUUGAUUUGCCACGUGUGAAGACACAAGAAUGUGAAAAGGAGACUGAUUUAAAUAUUACAGAGAAUAUGUUCUGUGCAGGAGACCUGAGUGGCACUAAAGAUUCUUGCAAGGGAGACAGUGGUGGACCUCAUGCAACAAAGUACAAGAACACUUGGUUUCUGACUGGGAUUGUCAGCUGGGGGAAGGGUUGUGCUGUUAAAGGCAGCUAUGGGGUUUAUACAAGGGUAUCCAAAUACAUUGACUGGUUAAAGCAGCACAUGGAUUAAUGAUAUUGAUUCAUAGUAUUUCUAGAUAGUGUUAUUGCCCUUUAAUCCCAUCUGUAACAUUUUCCUAUGAAAGCAUUCCCUCAAUAUCUUAAACAUACGAUACCCACGUCACUAGUAAUGAAUUGAAACUAGCCUAAUGCCUAUCUGAAUAUAUUAAAUAACUUCUCUAUUGGUAUUAUUUGUAAUUUUGCAUGUCUUCUCAACAGGGCACAGAAUAGCCAUACUGAGAAAGACUCAGAGUGUCUUCCAAUUUGUAUCUAUUUUCUGAUAAUGGACAGAACUAGCUGCUGAAAAAGACUAUUGGUAACAUAUCAAGCACACCAUGAUCUUCCCUUCUGGUAAUCACUGAUGUAAGGAUUUCCUGAGCGAUAAGUUGCAUUAUGUUGAAUAGUUAUGACGAACCUAUUCUCUGUAAAUUUGUGCAAUCUCUUUUGAACCCCUUUUAUACUUCUUGUUUUCACACUUUCCUAUGACAAUAAGUCCUGUAAUAUAAUUACACAACGGGAAAGGAAAUAGAAAAGAAUUGCUUUAUCUUAUGUUAAAGUAGCCUCAUCUUACAGUUGCAGUGACAACAAGCAAAUUUGAGAGGAAAUGUAGAGACUCUCCAGCACACAAAGGCAGGGAAAAAGUUAAUUUCACUUUUACAGAUCUGCUCUGAAAGCUUCAUUAUAGUCUUCUUGCACCAAAUAUUAUUGCAAGAAGGUUACUAAGUGUAAUACUAAACCCCAAAUUUGUGUAUGGUGAAGAAUACCACCGAUUUAACUUUGCCUUUGCCUCAGUAUUGUGGUACUUAAUACAGAAUGAGAACGAA